UUGGGGUCCAACAGUCGUCUCGCCACGAAUUCCCGAAACGAGCGUGUCCUGUGCUGUAAUUUGAAAAUCCCAUGUCUUCGACGUGUUAAUACUCGUAUGUAAAUUAACUUAAUUAGAAAGUUGUAGACAUGAACUUCCGUGAUCAAAUGUGAAUCACUUUAAUUACGACAAAAUCUCUAUAAACAUAAUAAUCACAAAGUUGUUAUCACUUUUGAUAUGAACUAUUUAAGCACGCAAAUGUGAUCAAAUAGUGUCAUCGGUUAGUGUCCUUUUAGAGAUAUGGCAUGCAUCUCUACUGGUCUUAGAGCAUGGACUGGAAUCUUCAUAAUCAUGCCCAUGUUACUGUGCGAUACAGAUUUACAAAAGGACGGACCAGAACCGGAGUUUCUCAAUGUAAUGAAUAACGUUACUGUUGCUUUAGGUCGGGAGGCGGUUUUAGAAUGUUCAGUGAAAAACAUUGGAGAACACAAGGUUGGUUGGUUGAAAGCUGAAGACCAAACUAUUUUAAGUUUACAUGAGCGAGUCGUAACCGAAAAUAGAAGAUUUGAUAUUGAUAUAGUCAACAACACUUAUUGGAGACUAAAAAUUAGACAACUCCAGAGGUCAGACAAAGGAUGUUAUAUGUGUCAAAUUAAUACUCAAAUAAUGAAAAAGCAAAUUGGUUGUGUUGACGUUAAAGUUCCACCAGAUAUCAAAGACGAAGAAACAGUAUCAGACAUUACGGUGAAAGAGGGAGAAAAUGCUACUUUAUCAUGUAAAGCAAAAGGCAAUCCUGCACCAAAAAUAACUUGGAGAAGAGAAGACGGUCAAAAGAUAGCUAUUAAAAACAAGCCAAAAAAAAUAAUGGUGGAAAAGGUUCGUGGUGAGCUGUUGUUGCUUAAUAAAGUUGAUCGUAGUCAAAUGGGUCAUUAUUUGUGUAUAGCUUCAAAUGAUGUACCACCGGCUGUCAGCAAAAGAAUAACUCUGAAUAUAAACUUUGCGCCAGUAAUUAGAGUUACAAAUCAGCUAUUAGGAGCACCGUUACACACGAAUGUCCGAUUAGAAUGUAUUGUAGAAUCAUUCCCAAACUCUAUAAAUUACUGGUCAAACACAAAAGGAGAGAUGAUUCUUGGAGGACCAAAAUAUUACAUUGAAGAGAUUAAAACCACUUACGCCGUCAGACUACUUCUGACAAUUCAAUUUUUAAACCAUAAAGAUUUGGGUACUUACAAAUGUUCAGCAACAAACUCAAUGGGAUAUGCUAAUGGUUCAAUACGAGUGUAUGAAAUAAUAUUACCAACAACUGCGCCAACAACAGCAAUGCCUACAACAACAACUACUAUUUCUACUUCAACUACUACUACUACAACAAUGGCUACAUCGACAACUACAUUAGCUCAUACAACAGCUAUGCCUCCUUCAACGACGAAAUGGAAAAACAGUAAAGGCUUAGAAAGUGAAAGUAAAACUUUGGACAAAACGCGAAGACGGAUGAAUGAGAUAGAAAUGGAGACUAAGAGCAGCAGUCAUCGAGCUAAUACUGGAUCUAGUUGGUUACAAAAAUCACAUUUUAUUCAUAUAUUUACAAUAAUAGCUGAGUUUUUAUUUCUAAUUGGUACCGCAUGGUCAUCAAGUUGCCAGGAAAUAUCAUCACUCGGACUUAUUGUUUUUUCAUUAGUCAUACAACAACAGUAAUUUAUAUUUUGUAUUAUUGAAAAAUAUUUAAGUUCCUACGACUGAUGAAUACCAUAUCGUUUUUAUUAUUAUUAAUUUUAUAUGAGUACGUUACAAAUUAAUACAUCAUUCAUUAUACAACGAAAUGUAAUAUAAUGAUUUAAAAUAUAUAAUUUGUUUAAUGUUUAAUUUCAUAUUUCGUUUGUGGUAAAACAUUUUUGUUAUUAUAACUUAUUAUAAAUGUAUGUAUAAUAAUAUAUAUAUUAAAUUUAUUUUUAUGAAGUAUGUUUAUACACUCACUAUUUAGGAAAAAUUAAUGAAUUAAGUUGGUACUUAGCUAAAAAUUAAAAGUCAAUGCGUUUGCUAAUUAGUAUCUAUAAAUAAAAAGUUCAAUACCUUGACAGGUUUGUUCUGUUAGCUUUUUAUAUCUUAUAAAAAAUUAUUUAAAAUUUAAUGCCUAAUAAGCUAUUAUUAUUUUUCCUCCAAAUUAACUGUUAUUUCUGAUUUGUUAACAUUUUUAUUGUGAAUACAUUUUUUUUUGUAGUAUAAUGUAUUAUAAUGAUAUCAGUGAUAUCAUAUUAUGUUAUUGCAUGUAUUAGAAUUCUCAAUGAUUUUCAGUUACCAUUUCUAAUAUUUCAUGGCGGUGCAUUGCUAUGAAACGUGAUGUCUAUGGUAAGAUAAGUGUAAAUUAGUAAAAGGCUUAGGAAUACAAUUACAAAGCAAAAAAAUAUUGGAUCAAUAAAUAUAUUUUACAUGCAAAUAUACGAACUCAUGUUUUUACUGCUUAAAUAAGUCUUAUUAUGUAUUAUGCCUUAGAUAAAAACAUUUAAGGCCCAAUACAUAUCAGUAAAAUUUCUUAAAUAUAUUUACAAACUCAUUCAUAAACCUUAUUAUUUCUUUUUGCUUAUUGGAAUAGCUGGAAACGUCAGUAAUUUUAUGAUAUUUGUAAAUAUUAUUUGCUCCAACUGUAAAUUAACCAAGAAUGAUGAAAAUUUUGCUCAAAAUAGAGACAAAAAUUGGUAAGCUAAUUUAACUUUGUGACGUUAACUUUUUUUUACGAUUUUUAAAGCCAUAAUUAUCGAAAAAUUGUAAAAUUUGUACAUAAUUACUUUUAAGAAGUAAAACAUGUACAUAAUACAUUUACUACAUAUUGUAAUUUUAUUUUUUACUAUAAAUUAUGAUUUUUUUUUAAUAAAUUUUGUGUUAUUAAUUUUAUCAUAUCAAAAUUUAACGUUGUUAUUGGUUAUUACUCUGUAGUACACU